AUGAAGACGGCUUUUCUCAACUCCAGGAUGUCCAAGAAAGACAAACCUAUCUACGUAAUACCUCCGAAGGGGUUCACGUGCUCGCAGGAGCAAACAAAGCUGGUCUGGCGACUUAAGGCGUGGCUGUACGGCCUACGCCUCUUUCCGAAACCUGGAAAGGGACGUUUCACCUGUUCCUGCUGGAGAUCGGGUUCGUCCCGAGCACCGCCGAUCCGUGUCUGUACACGUUGAACGGGGGAGAGGUCAUCCUGCUCGUCUACGUGGACGACAUCCUACUUACCGGAGCCAAGGAGGAGCUCGUGACGACCAUUAUCGAACAGAUGAAGGAGCGCUUUGAGACGGUGGACCUGGGAGAAGCAAAGUUUAUCCUGGGAAUGGCCAUCCAGCGCAACCUCGAAGCGGGCACCAUCCUACUGACGCAAGAAGCUUACACCAAGGCCGUGCUUGCUAAAUUCGGCAUGGCUGACGUGCGCGCGACGGCAACGCCGGCCGAGAAGGAGCCGGUUACGACCAAGGAAGAAAAUGCUCUGUCGCCGGAGCAAACUACCAUGUUCCGGUCGGCUACGGGUUCGGUCCUAUACAUCAGCAGGGGAUCGAGGCCAGACAUCUCUCACUCGGUGCUGGUACUCACGAAGAGCAUGGCUGAACCAGGACCGAAGGCGCUUGUCAAACUGAAACGACUCAUGCGCUACCUGAAGGGGACGACCUCUUUGGGCAUCACCUACCGCAAGGACGCGCAAGGCGGAGAUAAACUAACCGCUUACGUCGACUCUGACUUCGCAGGCGAUCUUGACGAUCGAAAAUCGACUACUGGGGUCGUUCUUACCCUCGCACGUGGCCCGGUGGACACGAAAAGUCACAAGCGCUCCUGCCGCGAGAGUUCUUUUUCCUUCUCGUCGUGGUCGUCGGACGGCUCGGGGAGUGCCCGGGAUGAAUGGGGGCCCCCCCGGCGCCGGCCAGGGCUGGCGGAGCGAGGGGCCGUCCAGCACGUGCGGGCCUCGAGUUCUCGCCGAAAGCAGGGCGCGGGCUCGGGGGGGGAGUAUGUGCGGCCAUACCUGCCGUUGCCUGCCGGCAACACGUGGACAGCCCUACUUACGUUGGUAGGUCGGCUACGCCAUGUAGUCAGGCAAGGCCGACAGGCGGGCGGUGAUUUCCACGCCACCGCGUGGGCGCCAGAGUGGACGUCGCUCGCUCAACAAUUUCUAGUGAGUUGCGUAGCGGCAGAAAGUGGGGAAGGGCCGCUAAUUCACAAAGCGGUUCACGAGCAGGUCAAUUCCAUCCCGAUCAUGUGGGCACAAUUCUCCGUUCCGAUCCACACACCCCUGCAAGAUUGGAUAGUCCAACUAAAAGAACUCGUAGACGGGUUGUCGUGUUUCGGGGACUCGUGCGACGCACAAAUCGUCUCAACCGCCAUUGAAGGUCUGGCCGUGCAGUACCCAGAGAUAUCCCUUCUCGUGAAACCCAAACUUAAGAAAGCGGUGACUCUGGCGGACAUGUGGAAGUGCUUUCGGGAUGACGAGAUAGAGGAAAGUAACGCCGUAGCCAACGCACCCCCUGCUUUAGGAUCGGUGUCCGCCAGAUCAACACAUUCUCACCAACCAAGGGUUCACGCGGUGGUUCGGGGUCACUCGUUUGAAACCUUGCCUCCUGGGCGCGAGUGUGAAUCAACCAGUGACGAGGAAGGAUACCAACGCACAUCUCGGCACCUGUACCCUGUGCUCGGUAAGGGACCAGACAAAACACAUUUACGUCGAACAACCCUUCGUUCCGCCUCUGGAAAUACGCCGCUGAUUCAGUAGAGGGGGGGGGGGGGCGUACU